CUCCUUUUUCUCUCUCAACAAGCCAACAGUGACUUUCAAAAAGCUUUCACUAAAAGAAACAACUGUGUGUGAAAGUGAUUGAACUACAACCUCAAGAAGCCUCCCUCCCCUCUCUCUUAUUGCGAUCUCGGUUCUGGAUUUAAUUUUGAGCCCAGAAUGUUGUUAAUCUGAAGUGGUUUUUGCAAAUUAAAGAUCUUAAUGGAUUUGGAUUUAGUUUGAUUUGUGAGGGUGGUGUGAAUUAGAAGGGAAAGAUAUGAUAUGAGCUAAUAAGUACUGAGUUAGGGUUUUUUUUAAUGUAAAAAAAGUUUAUUUUCUUAUAUUACAUUUGAAGUAUUGUUAUUAGAGUUAAGUUUGAUAAUAAAGUGUGGAUGAAGCUUUCAACGUCAGGAUUGGGUCAACAGGGAAAUGAAGGGGAGAAGAAAUGCUUGAAUUCAGAGCUAUGGCAUGCAUGCGCUGGGCCGUUGGUGUCUCUACCUGCGGUGGGCUGCCGGGUGGUCUACUUCCCUCAGGGGCAUAGUGAACAGGUAGCUGCCACAACUAACAAAGAAGUCGAUAGUCAGAUACCCAAUUACCCAAGCCUGCCGCCGCAGUUAAUAUGCCAACUUCACAAUGUCACUAUGCAUGCAGAUGUUGAAACAGACGAAGUGUAUGCUCAAAUGACAUUGCAGCCUAUGACACCGCAAGAGCAUAAGGAUACAUUUGUUCACAUGGAAUUGGGGAUCCCCAGCAAGCAGCCCACCAAUUAUUUUUGUAAGACCUUGACAGCUAGUGAUACUAGUACACAUGGAGGGUUUUCCGUUCCUCGUCGUGCUGCUGAAAAAGUCUUCCCUUCACUGGAUUUCUCACAGCAGCCACCAGCUCAAGAACUCAUUGCAAGGGAUCUCCAUGAUGUUGAGUGGAAGUUCAGACAUAUCUUUCGAGGACAGCCCAAACGACAUCUUCUUACGACAGGAUGGAGUGUGUUUGUUAGUGCCAAAAGACUAGUUGCUGGAGAUUCUGUUCUUUUUAUUUGGAAUGAAAAGAAUCAGCUUCUUUUGGGAAUUCGCCGUGCAAUUCGACCACCAACUGUAAUGCCAUCAUCUGUUUUAUCUAGUGAUAGCAUGCAUAUUGGACUCCUUGCUGCUGCAGCACAUGCAGCUGCAACGAACAGUUGUUUUACAGUUUUCUAUAACCCGAGGGCUAGUCCAUCUGAGUUUGUCAUACCCCUUUCAAAGUAUGUUAAAGCGGUGUUUCACACACGUGUUUCAGUGGGGAUGCGCUUUCGUAUGCUUUUUGAGACUGAAGAAUCAAGUGUUCGUAGGUACAUGGGCACAAUAACUGGUAUAAGUGAUCUGGAUCCUGUUCGUUGGCCAAAUUCUCACUGGCGGUCUGUCAAGGUUGGCUGGGAUGAGUCUACAGCUGGUGAGAGACAGCCAAGGGUAUCCUUGUGGGAGAUUGAACCUUUGACAACUUUUCCAAUGUAUCCAUCAUUGUUUCCCCUCAGACUGAAACGACCUUGGCAUUCUGGGCCCUCAUCAUUGCAUGAUAACAGAGAUGAAUCAGCUAACAGCCUAUUGUGGUUAAGAGGGGGAGCCGGGGAACAGGGUCUGACCACUCUCAAUUUUCAAUCUCCAAGUAUGUUUCCCUGGAUGCAGCAGAGAUUGGAUCCAUCAUUGCUUGGAAAUGAUCCCAAUCAGCAGUACCAGGCAAUGUUAGCAGCUGGUUUGCAGAGUGGAGAUCCCCUGAGGCAGCAUUUCAUGCAGCUGCAGCAGCCUUUCCAAUUUGUUCAACAAAGUGGCAGUCAUAAUCCAUUGAUGCAACUAAAGCAGCAGCAACAAACAAUUCAGCAGUCAAUUCCUCAUAAUGUGCUGCAGGCACAAUCCCAAAUUUUAACAGAAAACAUGCCAAGGAAUGUUAUACAUCAGCUUAACAAUCAACCAGAGGAACAGGCACAACACCACCAACGCUUUUAUCGUGAUGCACUUCAGAUUCAAAGUGAUCAGAUCCUGCAGAGACAGCAUUCAAAUGUGUCUUCAUCAUCAUUUUCCAAAUCAGACUUAUUGGAAUCAAGCACAGAGGUUCCGGCUUCUAUUAACCCUAUGCAGACCAUGCUGGGUUCCCUGCCUGAAGGGAGUGGCAAUCUUUUGAACUUCUCUGGAACUGGUCAGUCCAUGAUAAGUGAGCAUUUGCCCCAACAAUCUUGGGCUGCAAAGUUUGCAAAAUCACAGGCUCAUGCUUUUGUCAACCCAAUGUCACUUUCGCCAUCUUUCAAUGUGAAAGAUGCUGCAGUUGAACAUGAAAAUUGUAACACAGAUGCUCAGAAUUCCACUAUAUUUGGUGUUAAUAUUGAUUCAUCUGGCCUCCUUCUUCCCACUACAGUUUCCAGAUUUUCUACUUCAGUUGAUCCUGAUGUCUCCUCAAUGCAGUUAGGGGAUUCUGGGUUUCACAAUUCUUUGUAUGGGUCUACUCAAGAAUCUUCUGAGUUGAUGCAUAGUGCUGGGCAAAUGGACCAACAGACCCAAGACCAGACUUUUGUCAAGGUCUAUAAAUCUGGGUCCAUUGGACGCUCACUGGACAUCUCCCAGUUCAGCAGCUAUAAUGAGCUGCGAGAAAAGCUGGCACAGAUGUUUGGAAUCGAGGGGCUGUUGGAGGACCCCCUUAGAUCAGGCUGGCAGCUUGUAUUUGUCGACAGGGAGAAUGAUGUGCUUCUCCUUGGAGACGACCCAUGGGAGGCUUUUGUGAAUAAUGUUUGGUAUAUCAAGAUCCUUUCACCUGAGGAUGUGCUGAAAUUGGGAGAGCAAGGAGUUGAAUCCUUCAACCCAAGUUCAGGUCAAAGGAUGAGUAGCUGCAGCAAUGGUGUUCGAGAUCCUGUAGGUUCACUUGAAUAUUGACGUGUAUGAAUUACAUUACAUGAUUCCACGAAUGUCAGUUACCACUGCUGGAUAGCCGUGAGCAAUCCUCCCUCCUUGUAACCUUGGAUUUGUUUUCGAAAGUCCACUAUGCUUCCUAUUUUCUAUGACAUAUUUCUGCGUAGACUAUUUUUUAUGAUUACACCAACUUAUAUUGGAUGAAAUACAUAAUAUUCAAGUUCACUAGAAGUAAAAUAUGUUGCAUAUUUGAACUCAA